AUGGCUAUUCCAAAUAAGACUUUGAGAGAGUUUGGUGUUCCUCCUCCAUAUCAAGAAGCAAGUGGGAUUGCUACUCCCACUACCGAAGCAAAUAAUUUGAAGAUAAGGCCCGCCCUUAUCACCUUGAUUGAGGGUAAUCAAUUCUCCGGGGCAAAGCAUGAGGACCCCAUUGCGCAUCUAAAGCAAUUCACACGGUAUUGUAGCACCGUGAAGGCAAAUGGGGUGACUCCGGAGUACAUUCUUAUAAGCAUGUUCAAAUUUUUUCUUUCGGGGAGUGCAAGUGAUUGGCUCAACAGGUUGACUCUGAAUUCAUUGACAACUUGGAAUGAGGUAACUUCGGCAUUCCUAGGAAGGUUCAUUCAUCUUGGGAAAACGGCGGAGUUGAGGUCCAAGAUUUCAAACUUUCAACAAGAGCCCGAUGAGUCUCUCUAUGAUGCUUGGGAGAGAUUCAAGAGCUACCAACAACAAUGCCCCCACCAUGGCAUGGGAGAUUGGCUCUUGCUUCAUGGAUUCUAUAGGGGUAUCUUGAGAUCAGACCGCAUACUAUUAGAUGGGGCAUUGGGUGGACCACUCAUGAAUAAGCCAUCCACGGAGGCAUUAAAGAUCAUAGAGGAUGUAGUCCAAAACUACACCGAUUGGAGCCCCGAUGAGCGAAGCACCUCUAAGAGAGGGGGAAAGUAUGAGGUAAAUGCUAUUAACAUGCUUAGUUCAAAAUUGGAUGCCUUGUCUUCUAAAUUUGAUCAAAGGAAAUCUUUUCCCCCUCCUAUCUCCCCCCUCCCUAACUCACGUGCAUCUAAUUCUUCAAAUGAUAAUGUGUCUAUGCAAUUGAUGUCUUGUGAUGUAUGUGGUGGUGAAGACCAUACUUCUUCCGAUUGUUAUUUGUUGAAUGAGCAAUGUACCCCUUCCCCUUCUAUGGAACAAGUCAAUAAUAUGAAUGCUAAUCCUAGGUUUGACCCCUACUCCAACACCUACAACGAGGGAUGA